AUGGCAACUCAAUUUAAUCAAAUUCACCCAUCUGCUUUAGAGACGAAGAAUAAAGAAGCGAAAAGUUGUCUCGAUGCAUGUGUCAAAGGCUUUUUCAUCAAUGGAGAAGGAAAAGAAAUCAAUAUUAAUAAUUUAUUAAAUAAUUGCUUAGCAAAUACGAAAGCAUAUGCUCCAGAUUAUCAAUUUCAUGUAAUACCUGUUGGUGGAGAAGACUGUAAGAUAGAAAUUAGAAACGAAUCUAUAUUAGAUGCUGUAUAUAGAUUAGUAAUUACAGAAGGACGUCAAAAUGUCUGUGCACUAAAUGCCGCUAAUGCCUUUUACCCAGGUGGAAGUUUCCGUACGGAAGCACGAGCUCCAGAAGAGACGCUUUGCAGAAGUUCUGCAUUAUAUUAUUCGCUUAUUCAAAAACCAGAGUAUUAUGAUUACAAUAUGAUGAAAGGCUCAAAAGCAGCUUCGAAUUACAUAAUAUAUAGUCAAGAUUGUCCAACUUGGAAAGUUGGAAAUUACAAAGUUCUCAAUGAACCAUUUUUGGUUUCUUAUAUAUCGUCCUCUCCUGUAGAUCGUUGGGGGUCAAAGCCAGAAGACGAUGAAAAGCUCAACGAAAUGAACGACGAAAGAAUUAAAUCAAUUUUACUUUGUGCAAUUGAAAACGGAGUUAAAAACCUUGUUCUUGGAGCUUAUGGGUGUGGAGCAUACAGAAAUGAUCCGGCAGUUAUAUCAGAAACUUUUAGAAAAUAUUUAAUCGACCAAAAUCUCAAAAGUCAUUUCCAGUACAUUACAUUUUCUAUUACAGGACUCUCUAGAAAUAUUGAAGCUUUCCAAAAUACCUUCCAUAUUCAUGCUGUUUAG